CUCGAACUCUCGCGAGAUCUCGGAGCGCGGGCAAGAUGGCGGCGGCGGCGGCGAUGGCGGCGCCCGCGGGGGAGGCGGCAGAGCCCGGCCCGGAGCCGCCUGGCCCGGAGCCGCCAGCACCGCCCGAGCCGGGCACAGCCGACACCGAGAGCGGGGGGGAUGCAGCACUGGCCGAUGUCACCACAGCCCUGGACACUGAGUCCGCCAGCGGGAAGGACGCCCUGGAAGCCACUGGGGACACCUCUGAGGUCAUGGAUGCGCAGGCGGGCUCAGUGGAUGAGGAGAAUGGCCGGCAGCUCGGAGAGAUAGAGCUGCAGUGUGGGAUUUGUACCAAGUGGUUCACUGCAGACACGUUCGGCAUCGAUACCACAUCGUGCCUGCCUUUCAUGACCAACUACAGUUUCCAUUGCAACGUUUGCCAUCACAGUGGGAACACUUACUUCUUAAGGAAACAAGCGAAUCUCAAGGAGAUGUGCCUUAGCGCUCUGGCCAACUUGACGUGGCAGUCGAGGACACAAGAUGAGCACCCAAAAACGCUGUUCUCAAAAGAUAAGGAAAUUAUCCCCUUUAUUGAUAAAUACUGGGAGUGCAUGACAACGCGGCAGAGACCUGGGAAGAUGACGUGGCCGAAUAACAUUGUCAAAACUAUGUGUAAAGAGAGAGAUGUGUUCUUGGUCAAAGAGCAUCCAGACCCGGGGAGUAAAGACCCAGAAGAGGAUUACCCCAAGUUUGGGCUUGUAGACCAAGAUCUUGCCAAUAUUGGUCCUGCCUACGACAAUCAGAAACAGAACAGUGCUGUGUCCACAAGCGGGAGCUUAAAUGGUGGAGCCUCUUUGGGAGGGGGAAUGGCUGCAGGCAGCAGCGGGAAGGGACGGGGAGCCAAGCGCAAGCAGCAGGAUGGAGGGACGACGGGAACAGCCAAGAAAACCCGAAGCGACCCGCUGUUCUCCGCUCAGCGCUUACCACCUCACGGUUACCCUUUGGAGCACCCAUUCAACAAAGAUGGGUAUCGCUACAUCCUGGCUGAGCCUGACCCCCACGCACCUGACCCGGAAAAGCUGGAGUUGGACUGUUGGGCAGGAAAGCCCAUUCCUGGAGACCUCUACAGAGCCUGCCUGUAUGAACGGGUGCUUCUAGCACUGCAUGACCGAGCUCCUCAGUUAAAGAUCUCUGAUGACAGACUGACUGUUAUCGGCGAGAAGGGCUAUUCGAUGGUACGAGCCUCGCACGGCGUGCGGAAAGGAGCGUGGUACUUUGAAAUAUCCAUGGACGAGAUGCCUCCUGACACAGCUGCCAGAUUAGGCUGGUCACAGCCACUAGGGAACCUCCAGGCGCCUCUGGGCUAUGACAAGUUCAGUUACUCCUGGCGCAGCAAAAAGGGAACAAAAUUUCACCAGUCGAUAGGGAAGCACUAUUCGUCUGGCUAUGGACAGGGGGAUGUACUGGGAUUCUACAUCAGCCUCCCAGAGGACACUGAGACUGCCAAAUCCCUGCCCGACACUUACAAAGACAAGGCUCUGAUCAAAUUCAAAAGCUACCUGUACUUCGAAGAAAAGGACUUUGUGGACAAAGCAGAGAAGAGCCUGAAGCAAGCCCCAGGGAGCGAGAUCAUAUUCUUCAAGAAUGGUGCCAGCCAAGGAGUUGCCUUUAAAGACAUCUUUGAGGGAGUUUAUUUUCCUGCUAUUUCUUUGUACAAAGGCUGCACGGUUUCUAUAAACUUUGGGCCAUAUUUCAAGUACCCACCUCGAGACAUCACCUACCGGCCCAUGAGUGACAUGGGCUGGGGAGCCGUUGUGGAGCACACGCUGGCAGACGUGCUCUAUCACGUCGAGACAGAGGUGGACGGGAGACGAAGCCCACCCUGGGAGCCGUAAACGGAGCGGGCAGCGGCGCAAUGCUAACAGAAGAAAGACAGUGGGUAUCCAGUCAAGUGGUUUUUAUUCUAGAGGAACAUGCAUCACUGGGAACCAUCGGCCAACGAGCAGAUGAGCUGAAGCCCUCAGUGGCAGGCGUUACCUCCAGAAGAUUCACGCUCUACCCCUAUGCUGGGGUCUGAGCGAGUGCAGUUCUGGUCACAAUUGUGCUGUUUGUGGGCAUCUCCUGGACUCCUCAGGAGCUGGAGAAACGAGUGCUGUGUUGAGGUAACACCUCGUGUGACAGACUUGGGCUGUAACAGCUGUGUUUGGCGAGAGGGGGCUCUGGCUGGGCCGGCCGCUGUCUGUACACGGCAACACCAACACUUCUGCUCGAGGGCCAGUCGUGACCACAGCCUCCAGCUGGAAGGAGUGGGUUGUGACGAGACUACUGCAUGUAGGACUGAAACUUGGGCUUCCGUCCAAACUGUGUUGGGUUAUUUUCCCCCCCGCAAACUGGAAACCAGUUUAAAAAUAAAGGCUUUACCUCUUACUUUUGGGGUGUUUUUGUCUCGCUAUGAAUGAGAUUUAAAGAAGCUACUUUGGCUUUAGGCCAUCCUGCUCGCUGCAUUGACAGGAGACACGGGGCCUCCUGCCAGCGUUCGCCGCUGCGGAGCCUGGAGUGAAUAAAUAAUUUGACGCUUUGU